UUUUUAUUAAACUGAUAAGGAAAUACAUCAGGCAUACAUAUAUUUUUUAUCAAAAUACAUAUAAAAGAAUUGAUUAUAAAAGAUCGAUGAUUAAGAUUAGGUAUUUUUUUGUUCUUUCUUUUAUUAUAGAGUAUAGUAAAAGUGUGCUAGAGAGUUUAUCCUCUUAAUGCCUAUUUUCUGACGAGAGAAUCACUUUUUAAAGAGGAUACUUUUCUUAUUAAUCUUGUUUACAAAUAGAUGAAUAUGCUUAAAAUAAUAUAUUUAUAAGUGGGAUUAAAUUCAAUUAAUAAAAACCAAUAAUAUGGAAUUCAAACGGAAUUUAAUCAGAUCAGGUUUUAUGCUUUUACUAGAUCUUAAAUAAAAUAUUAUAUAUAUAAAUAUAUGAUUUUGAACAUACAACUUCAAGAGAGCUAUAGCUUAAUGAAGUUGAGGAGAUUUUGCAUGUAUCUUAAUACUCUAAUGAUUUUUAUUUUUACUUUAUAAAUAUAUAAAAUUAAAAUGUAUUUUAUCGAAUUUCUUAGAGUUAAGAGGAUCUUAAGCUUGUUUUACAUGAAAACCUAAAGAUCAUUAGAUUAAAUGUUUUUACAAAAGAAACAGAUAAAUGUUUGUAUAAAAUUAUUUAAGUCUAAACAAUUGCUUAGGCAGAAGUUUUAUUCUGUUUGAAUGAAAAUAGUGAUAACGAUGAAUUUGAAGAUAUUUAGUAUUAUGGAGCAAAUAAUUUAGUUGUAACAACUAAAAAAAAUAAUUAUAUUGUUCAAAAUAAUAAAAUAACCUAAAUUUUACCUAGGACAAGGGUAUAUUUAUUUCUUUAAAUAGACACAAACAGAGUAGAAUAUAAUGAUGUAAUUGAGGAUAUGAGUGAGACACUUUAUAGUUUUACAGAUUUUCCUGAAUUUAAUUAUAAUAUAAAAAUGAAUAUCACAAAUAAAAUUAUGAGCUUUAGAGAUUUAUAAUCUGAAAACUAUUAAAAAAUAGAGUAUGCUUACUAACUCAUACAAGAGCAUGGCUAAUAUUUUUAGAAAAUUGUGGAACAAGAUAAAGAUAAAGAUGUGUUUCUAACAGCUUCUUAAGGACUCUUUAUUUUAUCUCAAAUAAAUGACUCUGAUGGGACUUAUGAAUACGAUUAGUUUUUAUCUUAUAUUGGAUUACGAAAUUUAGGAAAUAAAAAUCAUAUAAACUAUAGCUUGAUAUUUUAGUCAGUUUUCUACUUCUUAUUAUCUCUUUUGUAUGGUUUUUUGACAAUUAGGAGACUUAAAAAAAGAAGACAAAUAUAAGCUAGAACUGAGGAUCUUGUAUUUAAGUAAGUCUUACAAAUUUCUAAAUAAGAUUUUGAAAAGAAAUAUUUUAUAGACUUCAGAGAUUCUAUUGGCCAAGGAGCAUUUGGACAAGUUUACAAAGUUAAAAAUAAAUACAAAGAUAUCAUAAAAAAUCCUGAUAUUUUAUAAAGUAUGCCAGAUUAUUAUGCUUGCAAGUAAAUACAUAUGUCAUAAGAUGGAGAAAGCUAGAGUUCAUAAAUUCACCAUGAAAUUGAAGUUUUAGAGAAGUUAAAAAAGUAUGAUCAUGUUAUUAAAUUAUAAAAUUACAUUAUUGAAGAAAGGUCAACAUAUAUCGUUUUAGAUCUAGCAGAGUCAACUUUGUAAGAAUAAAUCAAUGAAAAACAAGCUAAUUCAGAAAUCUAUGAAGAGAGUGAUAUAGUGAAGUUUUUAUCAUAAAUAGGAAAAACAUUAGCUAUCAUAUAUGUUGAAGAAAGAAUAGCUCAUAGAGACAUAAAGCCUUCAAAUAUAUUAAUUAUUGAUAAUAAUUACUAUUUAUCAGAUUUUGGAUGUGCAGAAAAUCUAUUUGAUUCGGAAGGAACUAAAAAUAAUUUAGUAAUUGGAACUUUGAAAUGGAUGUCACCUGAGUUAAAGGAAAAGAAGAAAAAUGAAGCAAUUGACUACUUUAAAAGUGAUAUAUUCAGUUUAGGAAUGGUAUUGCUUUAUAUGCUAACUCUAUCUGACAUAUCCUCAGUUAAUUCUGAUGAAUUUAGUAAAAAUUAAAAACUUAGAAUUAUGAGAAACUCUUGUAAAUAUGUUUCUAAGGAAAUAAUUUUAUUAGUAAGUAAAAUGCUAGAAAAUAAUCCUGAUUUUAGACCUGAUGCACCAAUUUUAAUAUAAGCAAUAGGAGAAAUAGAAAAUAAAUUUCAGUAAAAAAAAGAAAUUUAAUAAUGACAGAAAAUUAUUCUUCAGUUAAAAUAACAUUAUAGUAAUUAAACUAUUAACAAAUGAGAAUUAAUUUAAUAAAUAAAUAAUCACUUUUAUUUCAAUUAAGGAAAAUUUUACCAUUUCUCCAAGAAUAAUUUUGUAUUUUAAAUAUAUAUUCAUUUAAAAAUAAAUAAAUAAAUAAAAGACUAUGAACUG